ACUUGGUUCCUCUAGCUGUCACCAUGUCCAUCACCGACGCUUUCCAUUAACUCCCCCACCUCCUCCUAACCUUUACUUACACCUAUACAUACACUCCAAUCUCUAUCUCCUUUACAUAUCUCACUCUCUUUUUACUCGCGCUUUACGACUUGCUUCAGAACUAAGCUCAGUCAAGAGAUCUAUAUAUAUUGAGCCGUGAAUUAUGCACGGGUUCAGCCGCUUGGGCGGCGGAGCGAACACGCAGUCUCCGCCGCCAUCGCCGCGACUCCGCCGGAAGAAAUCAGGUUCCGCCGGCGGAGGAAUCUUCGCCAACGGCGUGGAUUCGUACGAGCUACAGAACUUUAUGGAGAGAAUUGUGUAUGUUGUCAUCUCCGCGGUGUAUAGGCGGAGAGGCGUGCUGUUGUUCGCGCCGUUGUUGUAUAUCUCCGGGAUGUUGUUGUAUAUGGGGACGCUAGGGUUUGAUGUUGUGGUGAUUAAUAAGAUUGGGAAUAAGAGUGGACCGCCGGGCUCCGUGUAUCGGAGUAACCAGGUUUUUAAGCGCUUGUGGCCGCAUAUGGAAGCGGAAAAUAGUAAUGGCACUUCUUACGUUUCGUUGUCCAACGUUUGGAAUCCAAAACUACGUCAAGGUUGGAAGCCUUGUGUUCACCAAAUCACAUCUCAAUCAGACUUGCAAGAACUGCCAAGCUCAAAUGGUUUUCUUAUAAUUGAGGCAAAUGGCGGUCUAAACCAGCAAAGAUUAUCGAUAUGUGAUGCAGUGGCUGUUGCAGGACUGCUAAAUGCUACUCUUGUCAUUCCAUAUUUUCAUUUAAAUAGUGUGUGGCGUGACUCCAGCAAAUUUGCAGACAUAUUUGAUGAAGAAUUCUUCAUUUAUGCUCUCCGGAAUCAUGUGAAUGUGGUUAGAGCGCUCCCAGAGGAUAUACUGCAGCGUUUUGACAAUAAUAUCAGUAACAUUAUAAAUUUGCGAGUCAAAGGCUGGUCCAGCUCAACAUAUUAUCUUCAGAAGGUCCUUCCAAAGCUACUCGAAUUGGGGGCUGUGCGCAUUGCACCAUUUUCCAACAGGUUGGCUCAUGCUGUUCCUUCAAACGUCCAAGCACUUAGAUGUUUAGCCAAUUUUGAAGCACUUAGAUUUUCAGAAAAAAUACGCACACUUGCGGCAAAAAUGGUGGAUAGAAUGGUUAAGAAUAGUACUAGUAGUGGAGGGAAGUACAUCUCGGUGCAUCUCCGAUUUGAAGAGGACAUGGUUGCAUUUUCAUGUUGUAUAUAUGAUGGUGGUGAGGAAGAGCAACAUGAAAUGGAUAUCGCCCGUGAAAGGAGUUGGAGAGGAAAAUUUCGGAAGAGAGGUCGAAUCAUAAAGCCUGGUGCAAUUCGUAUGGAUGGGAAAUGUCCUUUAACGCCUCUGGAGGUGGGAAUGAUGCUCAGGGGAAUGGGUUUUGACAAUAACACGUCAGUGUACAUUGCAGCGGGUAAAAUAUACAAGGCCGAAAAGUAUAUGGCACCACUUAAACAAAUGUUCCCACGUUUAGAAACAAAGGACACUUUAGCUUCAGCAGAGGAGCUUGCUCCAUUCGAGGGGCACUCAUCGAGGUUGGCUGCUCUCGACUAUACAGUAUGCCUUUACAGUGAAGUCUUUAUCACCACGCAGGGUGGAAAUUUCCCUCACUUCUUAAUUGGUCACAGACGCUACUUGAAUGAAGGUCAUGCCAAGACGGUGAAACCUGAUAAGAGGAAAUUAGCACUCCUAUUUGAUAACCCAAGAAUCAGGUGGGAAAACUUCAAGCGCCCACUAAGAGACAUGCUUCAUCACAAUGAUAUAAAAGGGUGUGAAAUAAGAAAGGCCAGUGGCUCACUCUACACGUAUCCCAUCCCUGAUUGCAUGUGUAAACAAGCAGAUUCAAAAAAUGAAAACAGUAACAUAACACAACAUACUUAGAACACAAAUUAUAACAUCUAGCAUUCAAUUGAGUAUUGAAUGUAAUUACCACUGUUUAUUGUAGGGAGAGAAAUUUUAGGGUUUCGAAUUUUUGGGAAUACCUAACUAGUAUCUAAUCUGCAGUGUCACAAGCUUAAUUUGUUGUAUAUGAUGCUGUACAUACGAACAACGGUAAAUUAUUCUUUUGUAUUAAAUAUUUUUUCUUAGAGGCAUUCUUGGAAAGGGGUUAGGCUACAUGACACGGAUAUAGCUUCCUGCAAUUUCUUGGAGAAGAUCGAAGGCUCCUUGUAGUUAUGUGCUUUAUAUGAUUUUGUUGGAAGAAUGUGUAGAGUGAUUUGACUUUGUAAAAAAUUUCAAUAUAUUGCAGCAAGCAAAUUCGAAGCAGAUAACAGUUUACUAGUGUUUGGCCUUAUCAGAUGCUAAUACAUCUAUUUCUA